AUGCCGAAGGGUGGUAAGAACCGGAGACGAGGAAAGAACGAGAACGACGAUGACAAGCGUGAACUUGUUUUUCGCGAGGACGGUCAGGAGUACGCUCAAGUGACUAAGAUGCUGGGUAAUGGGCGCUUGGAGGCCCAGUGCUUUGACGGCGAGAAGCGGUUAGCACACAUUCGAGGAAAGAUGCGGAAGAAGGUCUGGAUCAAUCAAGGAGACAUUAUCCUCCUGUCCCUUCGCGACUUCCAGGAUGACAAGGCCGAUGUUAUUGUAAAAUACACCGCUGACGAAGCUCGUAACUUGAAAGCAUACGGCGAACUUCCUGAGAAUGCGAAAAUCAACGAAACCGAUACCUUUGAAGAGGACGGCGAAUGCACGUUCGAGUUCGGAGACGAGGGAGAGAUUGACAUUGACGACAUCUGA